CGCUUGUACUUCCGCCGGGGCCUGGUCUCGGCCGAAGUUCUGUUGCCGUCAUGUCGGCUGCGAUUGCGGCUCUGGCCGCUUCCUAUGGUUCGGGUUCAGGGUCGGAAUCGGACUCGGACAGUGAGGGCGGACGGUGUCCGCUGCCAGCCGCCGACUCCCUCAUGCACUUGACUAAAUCGCCUUCCGCCAAACCUUCUCUGUCAGUGGCGGUGGACUCGGCUCCGGAGGUGGCAGUUAAGGAAGAUUUGGAGACUGGAGUUCACCUUGACCCUGCUGUCAAAGAGGUUCAGUAUAAUCCUACCUAUGAGACCAUGUUUGCUCCUGAGUUUGGACCAGAAAAUCCCUUUAGGACACAGCAAAUGGCUGCCCCUAGAAAUAUGCUUUCUGGAUAUGCUGAACCAGCUCAUAUCAAUGAUUUUAUGUUUGAACAGCAAAGAAGAACUUUUGCCACAUAUGGUUAUGCAUUGGACCCUUCAUUAGAUACUCAUCAAGUAGCUACUAAGUAUAUUGGUUCUGUUGAAGAAGCUGAAAAAAAUCAAGGUUUAACUGUGUUUGAAACUGGUCAGAAGAAAAUAGAAAAGAGGAAAAAGUUCAAAGAAAAUGAUGCAUCUAAUAUUGAUGGUUUCUUGGGACCUUGGGCAAAAUAUGUUGAUGAAAAAGAUGUAGCCAAACCUUCAGAAGAAGAACAAAAAGAAUUAGAUGAAAUCACAGCAAAGAGGCAGAAAAAAGGCAAACAGGAAGAAGAGAAACCUGGGGAGGAAAAGACAAUCUUACAUGUUAAAGAAAUGUAUGACUAUCAAGGCAGGUCCUAUCUGCACAUACCUCAGGAUGUUGGUGUUAACCUGCGGUCAUCUGUGCCACCUGAGAAAUGUUAUCUUCCCAAAAAACAAAUUCAUGUGUGGUCUGGACACACAAAGGGCGUCAGUGCAGUCAGAUUGUUUCCUCUCUCUGGCCAUUUAUUGCUGUCUUGUUCCAUGGACUGUAAAAUUAAGAACCGCCGGGGUGUGGGAUAUGGUGAGAGGCGAAAAAGACACUUCACCUCACCUCCAUUUCCAUUGUCUCUGCCUUUAGGUCAUAGUAAAGCUGUUAGAGACAUCUGCUUUAAUACUGCAGGAACGCAGUUCCUCAGUGCAGCUUAUGACAGGUAUCUUAAGCUCUGGGACACUGAGACAGGACAGUGUAUAUCAAGAUUUACAAACCGAAAAGUACCCUACUGUGUCAAAUUUAAUCCUGAUGAAGAUAAGCAAAAUCUCUUUGUGGCUGGGAUGUCUGAUAAAAAGAUUGUGCAAUGGGACAUUCGAAGUGGAGAAAUUGUGCAGGAAUAUGAUCGGCAUUUGGGAGCUGUCAACACCAUUGUUUUUGUUGAUGAGAACAGGAGAUUUGUGAGCACAUCUGAUGACAAGAGUCUAAGAGUUUGGGAAUGGGAUAUCCCUGUGGAUUUCAAGUAUAUAGCAGAACCCAGUAUGCACUCAAUGCCUGCAGUGACUUUAUCUCCAAAUGGGAAAUGGCUAGCAUGCCAAUCAAUGGACAACCAAAUCUUAAUUUUUGGAGCACAGAACAGAUUUAGAUUAAAUAAGAAGAAAAUUUUUAAGGGCCAUAUGGUAGCAGGCUAUGCUUGUCAGGUGGACUUUUCACCAGACAUGAGCUAUGUGAUUUCAGGAGAUGGAAAUGGAAAAUUAAAUAUCUGGGACUGGAAGACCACAAAACUCUACAGUCGAUUUAAAGCUCAUGAAAAAGUGUGUAUAGGUGCUGUGUGGCAUCCUCAUGAAACAUCUAAAGUCAUAACAUGUGGUUGGGAUGGUCUCAUUAAAUUGUGGGAUUAAUGAGAUGAAUCCUUAAACUAGGAUCAUUUUGAUCCAGUAUCAUAUUUAACUAUAUUUAAUUAUUAAAUGUGUUGGAUGGCAACUUGAUUUACAGAUUAUCACUUCCUUACAUGGCCUUACAAAGUUGACACCUUGUUUUGGAAAAAAAAAACCAAAACUUUGUAAAUUUGGCUCAUAUAACUUCAUUGGCAACUUUAUUUUGUUCUUUAUAGAUAUUAUUUAUACAGAGAAUGACCAUUCACUUUCUAUUUGACAAGUAGUUACUAUUGGCAGGAAGUUUGGGCUUACCCCCAUUACAUACUGAAAAGGAUUCCUUUGGAGUCGAGAAAGAAUCCCUAGUGGAUUUGGGGGUUCUAAAGGAGGUAGUAUAAUUAAUAACAAAUAACUCAGAAAGCUACCAUGUACUUAGACCUCUUCAACAAAAAGAGAAGUAAGGAACAGGGAUGAUAUAAUUUAAUGUGACUCUGAAAGAAGGAUACCACCACCCACAAUUACUAUUUCCAUUAUUUCCAGUGGGUCAAGUUCUAAUCUUCUGGAUUUAGGAGGUCCACUAUUUUUUUAUGACACGUUAUAUAUUUUUAGUUGUGAGCCAGCAAUCUUUGACUGCAGCAUUCCUCUAAUUAUUAAACAAUGUAAAAUACAAAUCAGUCCAGAGUUCUUUCCUUGACUUUGUUCCUGAUGAGUAUAGUCAGGACUAUUUAUAAUCAGAGAAUUACGUUAUUUUUGAAGAUAGAACUCAAGACUGCACAUUGUUUGUAUUUACUGUCAGUAAGGACCUGACUACAUUUUCUAAAGUCAGGGUCUCUUAGGUCAUUGCUUCACAAAUGUUACUACUGAAAUACUCCUCAUAGGAGAUAGGAUAUCAUAGUUCAAAGUAUUAACUUGCAAUUUCUUUGAAGUUGUAAGUUUUAUAUUAAAUUAUUCUUAUUUGGCUUGUGAAUAUAUUCAACAGAACUUAUCAGAAAAAUUUUAAACUUCUUUCCAAAUCUUUGAGUAAAACUAACAGUCCAGGAAAAUGGCUAGAGUUCCCCAGUUUGAGAAACAGUGACUGGUUGGUUAAAAAAACUUUUUUUUUAAACUUCAGAUUGUGAAGUCAAGAUAGCCUCUUGAAUACAGUAGCUAAUAGCACUUUAGUUUGAUAAGCCAUUUCUCCUGUUGAUUACAAAUCUGUAUCAGAUGUUUCAAUGUGGUUUGAAAUAUUUCAGUACCAUGCUACAAAGACUGGUUCAUAGCUGCUGACUUGGAGCCCCAAAUCAUGUUGAGUGUUCAUAUCCUAAGGGCAUUAGCUCUGAGUCCUAUGCUAUCGAUAGCAUUUCAUGCUUCUUGUCCUUAAGAACACCCAUUUUUAAAAAUUAAAUUAAAAAAAUAAAAAGCCUGGUAUAGAUAACCAGGUGCUCUAGCCACAUAUAAAGAAAUUUCAAAGGAGAAAAUAGAAAAAAACAGAAUAUAAGUGGUAGAGCUAUGUUUUUGAACACAGAGGCACUCAAAGAAAUAAGAACACACUGCCUAGUUGCUGCCAUUUCUGAAUCUGCCAGAAAGGGUGGCUGCCGUUUCCUGAAGGGGAAAGAAUUCAGGCAAGACCUUUUCUUUAGUCCCAACCACUGGGUUUAACAAAUGUGACUUGAUCACGUUUGGUUAAUAAUGGAAGGAUUAAUCAUAUAUUUAAACUGUUUUGUUCAGCACCAGUAUUUUGUAUGCUACAAAUCAUAAUUUCUAAAUCUGAGUUUAUGUUAUUGCGUUUUUUGACUUUCUAAACUAAGCAACUGUAUAUAAAAGUCGUUUUUUUAAAUCGUAUUUUUAAAUAAAGCAUUUUUUUUGUAGAAAAUGUCAUCAAAAUUUUCAUUCUUAGUCUCCUUUUAAGUCUUAAUUCUGUUGAGCCACCAGUUUAAA